AUGUACACGGACCGUUCUGGUCCAUGUCCCCCGACACUGGAGACUCUGCGAUAUCUACACCUGAACCACUUACUGACGGUUCCCUUUGAAAACCUCACCAUUCACACCCUGGGUCGGGUCAGGCUGGAGCUGCCACUUCUGUAUGAAAAAAUCGUGGUGAAUUAUCGUGGAGGAUUCUGCUUUGAGAUUAACGGACUCUUCUCCUGGCUGCUGUCUCAGAUGGGUUAUGAUGUCACUUUGCUCUCGGCACAGGUCAGAAAUCGGUUUACCGGAGUUUACGGACCUCCAUUUGACCACUUCCUCAUGAUGGUGAUGGUGGAUGAACACAGGUGGCUCUGUGAUGUUGGGUUUGGGUCUGGAUUCCAGCUUCCUCUUUCUCUUGAGACUGACAGUCCUCAGAUUCAGAGCCACGGCGUUUAUCGCCUCAGAUCUGAAGGAAACUUGAUUUUCAUGGAAAGUAAGUCAGAGAUUGGUGGGGAAUGUUGGACAGAACAGUAUAAGUUCACUCUGGAGCCUCGAGACAGAGCUGAUUUCAGAGCCAUGUGUGACUACCAUCAGAGUUCUGUUAGCUCACUUUUUUUCUGCAAGUCUCUCUGUUCACUGUUGUUGCCCACCGGGAGAAUCACCAUCAUGGGCCGCAGACUGAUUAUAAGCAGUUUGGGCUCAGAUGAUGGAGAACAUGCAUCAAGAACCAUAACAGAUCUUUCAGAUGAAGAAAUCACAGAGUUGUUGAGGGAGAAGUUUGGAAUUGUUCUUCAAGCUCCACUCAUUCCUAAAGAUAUUGAGAUUGUACCACCAAACAAUUAG